AUGGCGCGGGUGAGCCGGGGGCCGUGGGGGGCGGGGGGCCCGGGGGGGGGCCCAGACGUGGCCCAGUUCCGCCUGCAGUCGGACCAGCUGGACCUCAGCCUCAUCUCCUGGGGGGCCACACUCACCGCCCUCCGUCUGACCGACGGCCACCCCCGGACACAACACGCCGACCUCGUCCUCGGAUUCUCAGACCUAAAAGGCUACCUCGGCAAGCAGCCUUAUUUGGGAGCGGUAAUUGGGAGAGUCGCAAACCGCAUUGCCAAAGGAAAGUUUUCGGUGAACGGAGAAGAAUUCCAGCUUCCCAUCAACAGGGAACCCAACUCCCUGCAUGGAGGGAAUCGAGGGUUUGACAAGUUCCUGUGGAGCGCGCAAGAGUUGCCCAGUGGUGUUCAGUUCUUCCGGAUCAGUCCAGACGGCGAGGAAGGCUACCCCGGGGAGCUGAAGGUUUGGGUGACGUACACGCUCGACGGAGGGGAGCUGGCGGUGAACUACAGAGCUCAGACCAACAAGCCCACGCCCGUCAACCUGACCAACCAUACAUAUUUUAACUUGGCCGGUCAGGGUUCCCCGAAUAUAUACGAUCACGAAGUUUCUAUCGAAGCCGAUGCAUACUUGCCCGUAGACGAUACUCUGGUUCCUACAGGAGAGGUUGCUUCGGUGCAGGGAACCGCCUUCGAUCUGAGAAAGCCCGUGAACCUUGGAGAGCAGAUGAAGAAGUUUCAGAUUGACGGCUUUGAUCACAAUUUCUGCCUGAAGCAAACCAACGAAAAACACUUCUGCGCCAGGGUGUACCACCCUCCCAGCGGCCGGCAGCUAGAGGUGUACACCACGCAGCCCGGGGUCCAGUUUUACACUGGCAAUUUCCUGGAAGAAUCGCUGAAGGGGAAAGGCGGUGUCAGCUAUCCCAAGCACUCCGGCUUCUGCCUGGAGACCCAAAACUGGCCGGACGCGGUCAAUAAGCCCCAUUUUCCAAGCGUGUUACUGCAGCCGGGAGAAGAAUAUAAUCACACCACCUGGUUCAACUUUUCCGUGGUCAAAAAAUAGUAGCCCCGAGUCUCCCGCAGCCCUGGGCCGAGGACAAAGCGUCUGGGCACCGAAGCUGUGUCUGCCUGCCGUCAUCUUCUCCCACAGGGAGCCAGAUAAAGGGGAGGCUUGGAGGCCUGUGGUUUGCGGCACCUCAAAAUGCAAUAAAGUUGCAACUGUUGAAAUA